AUGAAGACUGCUUUAAUUUUGCUCAGCAUUUUGGGAAUGGCCUGUGCUUUCUCAAUGAAAAAUUUUCACCGCCGAGCUAAAUUGGAGGAUUCUGAAGAAAAUGGGGUUUUUAAGUACAGACCUCGGUAUUAUCUUUAUAAGCAUGCCUACUUCUAUCCUCCUCUAAAACGAUUUCCAGUUCAGGGUAGCAGUGACUCAUCUGAAGAAAAUGGAGAUGGUGAUAGCUCAGAAGAGGAGGAAGAGGAAGAGGAGACUUCAAAUGAAGAAGCAAACAAUGAAGAGUCUAAUGAAAAUGAAGAUGAAGAAUCCGAAGCUGAGAACUCUACCCUUUCUGCUACGACACCUGGCUAUGGAGAGGAGACCACUCCUGGAACAGAAAAUGCAGGUCUAGCUGCGAUUCAACUUCCCAAGAAGGCUGGAGAUGUAGGAAAGAAGGCUACAAACAAGGAGGAGAGUGAUGAAGAAGAAGAAGAGGAAGAGGAAGAAAACGAAGAGAACGAAGCAGAAGUGGAUGAAAACGGGCAAGGCAUAAAUGGCACCAGCACCAACAGCACAGAGGUGGACAACGGCAAUGGCAGCAGCGGCGGAGACAAUGGAGAAGAAGAAGGGGAAGAAGAAACUGUCCCUGAUGCCAAUGCAGAAGGAACCACAGUGGCUGGAGAGCAAGACAAUGGCAGGUUUGAACCCACGACUCCACCACCGGAGGUCUAUGAGGCCACCACCCCACCGCUGGGGGAAACCACCACCAGUGAAUACGAGGGGGAGUAUGAACAAACAGGCACCAGCGAAUAUGACAAUGGGUAUGAAGUCUAUGAAAAUGAGAAUGGGGAACCCCGAGGGGACAAUUACCGAGCCUAUGAGGAUGAGUACAGCUACUAUAAAGGGCGUAGCUAUGAUAGCUAUGAUGGCCAAAAUUACUACUACCACCAGUGA